AUGAAAUUUGGUGAUCAUCUUUCAGAGUCUGCAAUACCAGAAUGGAAGGAUAAAUACAUCGAUUACCCUAAUAGUAAGAAGAAGUUAAAGUAUAUUUAUAAUAACCAUUUGGGCAGACCAAAUGAUCCAGUAGAUCGAACUUUCUCUUCAAAUUCCCUGGAUUCUAAUGAUUCAAAUGAUUAUAUAAACACUACACUCACGAAUCAUGAUGGUGCUGAUCUCAUACUAAAUUAUUCUCCUUUACAACUUGAUGCAAUUAAAGAAUUCAUUGAAAAUUGGCUCAUUGGUGUACAAUUAGCUAAAUGUAACGAUUUCUAUAUAUGGUUGUUAAAUCAGUGUAAUAAGAAAUUCGAUACUCUACAAUCUCAAAUUAAGGUUUACAAUAAACAGAAAAAAAUAUUAAUUAAUCAAAAAUUUAAUAGUAUACCUAUGCAUGGGUAUAAUCGCGUUGAUUCUGAUGAUGAAAAUGAAACUGAUAAUAAUCAUUAUGGUUCCAUUCAUACAGAAUCAAGUCAAAAUGAUAGUUCAUUAGCCGGUAAUACUUCUCUUUUGACAAAAUUUAAAGAUUUUAUGGUAUCAAAUGAACUAAUGCCAUCUUGGCCAAAGAAUACAAGUUCCAUUAUAAAACAGAAAAACAAAAAAGUUGCAUCAGACCAGCUCGAAAAUACUUUCACUAAUUUUCAUAGACCUCUAUUAUCAAGUUCAUCAUCCAUUAAGUCCAACACGUCAUUGACACAGUCGACUAUAACUACUUCUAAUGGAUCUUCUCCAAAAAAUAAUAGUGAUUCAACCAAAGAUGGCAUGCAAAUCUCCGAUAACAAUACUAAUAAUAAUAAUAAUAAUAAUAAUAAUAAUAAUAAUAAUAAUAUAAGUUACUUUGACCCAACAAAGGACACAUUCGCAUACAACGCAUGGGCUCUCUCUGAUUAUUCAAAUGUACCCCUUUCAAAAGCUAAUAAACUGUUAGAUAAUGCUCUGCUGGAAUAUUAUCUAUAUUUGCAAUUGGUUAAAUCAUUUAGGGAUUUAAAUGUGACAGGAUUUCGUAAAAUUAUAAAGAAAUUUGAUAAAAAAUUCAAGACUAGUGAGCUGACAAAAUUUUUAUCAUUUGCACAGACUAAUUAUUCAAUUUUCAAACAUGUUAAUAGUAACAUUCAGUUAAUUACAAAACAAAUGCAGCAAUCAUCCUCUUUUGAACCAUUGGCAACAAGUGAUAUCGUACCUAAAAAUAAAAGUGAUGAUCCGCUUCUAUGGUGGGAAUAUAAAAUCAAAAAUUGGUACAUUAAAGAUUUAUCAGAUUCAAACCCAAAAUUAAUGAAAAAGAAAAGUUUAAAAUUGAAGAAGUCAAUCAUUAAAUAUACACUAAAUCAACAAAUUAUUCAUUCAAAUAAUAGGUCAAUUGGCCAAAUGUCUUGGGGAAGCUUUGCACUGGGUAUAUCCCUCGUAUUUUUCAUUUACACUCUAGGUGUUUCGUUCAAGUCGGAGUCAACUUCGUAUGUACAUAAGAUUUUAUUUCCAAUAUGGGGUGGUGUCUAUAUGGUACUCCUCAUGGCACUGCUAUUUCAAAUAAAUUGUUUUAUAUGGCACAAGACAGGUAUAAAUUAUAGGUUCAUAAUGUUGGGUGAAAUUAAAUCAAUAAGUGGUACAAGAUUAUUCAAUAACGAUUUUGCAACAACUGGUAUUCCUUUAAAAUUCUAUGCCCUGUCUUUUUUCCUUCUUUGGUGUGCAAUCUGUUCCAUUAAUAGUUUCAUAUGGCAUCAACUAAACCCAUGGAGUAUUCUCUUCAUUGUGGGAACCAUUAUUUUAUUUUUUUGGCCCCCAAAUGUUAUCCCAUAUUGGGAUAAAAUCGUCGAAACCAGAAAAUGGAUAUUUGUUAGAGUGAUUAGAUUGAUUUUAUCAGGUUUAUAUCCAGUCGAAUUUGGCGAUUUUUUCCUUGGUGAUAUCUUUUGUUCUCUGACAUAUUCAAUAUCAAAUAUUGCGCUCUUAUCAUGUGUCUAUUCUACAAAUGAAAGAGGUAUUUGUGAUUCUUCACAUUUAAUCUCUAUGGGUGUAUUUUCGUGUUUACCAAGUUAUUGGAGGUUUGUUCAAUGCAUUAGAAGAUUUUUUGAUUCUGGGGACCGAUUUCCACAUCUCAUCAAUGGGUUAAAAUAUAUUCUGGGGAUCGCAUACAAUGCCGCACUUUGUUCCUAUAGAUUGUCGUAUCAUGAUGAAAAGAGAAGAACAUACUUCAUUGUUUUUGCAACUCUAAAUGCAAUGGCGACAUCUAUUUGGGAUUUGGUAAUUGAUUGGUCCUUGUUCCAAAAUUCUACCACUAAUUGGUUUUUAAGAGACGACCUGUAUUUAGCUGGGAAGAAGAGAAGAAAAACAAACGCAAAGCAUAAAAAAUAUGAUGAUUUUGAAUUGAACUUCGACCCAGACUCCUAUUACUACGAUACCAAGAAAAAAUUGGUCUACUAUUUUGCAAUGGCUUUCAAUGUGAUAAUUAGAUUCCAAUGGAUUGUAUAUGCCAUAGCACCUGCCACGAUUCAACAAAGUGCUGUAACCUCAUAUUUACUGGCUUUCGCUGAAGCAUUGAGAAGAUUUGUCUGGGUAGUAUUCCGUGUUGAAAACGAACAUGUUGCUAAUGUUCAUCUAUUCAAAGUCACUGGUGAGUCACCGUUACCCUAUCCAGUAAUGAUCAGAGACUCGGCUAUUCCAGCUAGCUUACAUACUGGCCCUACUAACUUCCGUGAGCCUUCAAGCACUUACCACUCUCUAAUAAGAAGAAACGCCUCGGUAUUUGAUACAAUCACCAGUAAAAUUCCUUGGGCACAUGCUAGUGACUUCCAAAGACCCUCGACUGUAGCUAAUAAUUUAAAUACAACUGAAAGUGAAAGUGAAUCUGAGAAUGGUAUGUAA